GUGGUUCUCGUGCCGCCUCACAACGCUCGAGACCUGGGUCACUGGUGCGUUGCACGCUAUCCAUAACCUUUUUUGCUGAUAUGAACCCUGUGCUGACUGUGAUGUGUUUUUCUUGGUUGCAGGCUUGAACAUGAUGGCGAUGAUCGGCUUCUUCCUGUCGUCGACGCUGCAGUUCAUGGACCCGUUCUCGGUGCUGUUCUCGUUCCAGGCCUGCGUCGUGCCCUUCGCCUCUGGCUGCCUGCUGGGACUUGGCUCCAGUGUGCUUAGCAUCGUGGAGCUAGAGAACAUCCACAAGCGCCACAAGCACCCGGAGUACGGCCUCUACGAGACGCCUACGGGAUACGGCACUGCGAGCUACGGGUCGUUCAAGCAGCAAGUAUAAGUAUAAUGCAUGGCCUACCAUUGAUUCUGCUGCUGUUGCAGCAAACAGGCAGAGAGACAGUAAUAUAUGCUCUACGUCUACGCCGAUAUCAGAAUCCACCUUCAUUCCUGCGUCUCCACCUAGAGGUUGGGCCGUGCUGCGAGAACAGUACCAGAUCAGGCAAGGAGCACCGUCAGGAAGCGUCCACGGCUCUGGAUGUCGGUGUUGGACGGGUACGCAGCGACAGCCUUCUGCACCAGCGACGCAUGGGGUUUGGCCACCGCGGCGUUCUCGUCUGCUCAAAUAUGCAACAACAAUCAGACCAAAUGAGCUGAGGUGGUCGCUCCAUUCACCCAGAAAACAACAACAGCCAUCGCACCCGUGUUGGAGCAGAAGACCAGCAGUGCCCAGCAGCCCUCGGCUUGCAGAGCUUCGUUCUCCGGGUGCGUCUCCAUCGCCUUGAGCACAGCGGCGAUCGCGCCUUGCUCCCGAACCAGCACUAGAUUAGGCACUGCAAACAAGCAACAGCAACACAGAGAUACAACAUGCCAGUUAGCUCUCCAGCUUCCGAUGCAUUCCCAGGACCUCACUUCAGCUUACAGCAGUGGAAUGCGACAUUGCGCAGCGCGUGGCAGCCGUCUUCCUGCACGGUUCCGUUGGAGAUGUUGCGCUCCAUGGCGUCCACGAUGGCCUUAAUGGCGCCCGCUUCACCGGCCGCUUCCUUCCCGACCGCUGCAUCAAAGAACGAAGAGCGAUUUAGUUGUCGGUUUUCAAUUGACUCUCAUACUGUACGCCAACUCACGGUUGUUGAACGUGGCGCGCGAGAGCUUGGAGAAGCCCUCGGCCGCCACGAACGGAGAGUCGCUCUGAACCAUGGCGAUGGCCUCGGCCACUUCGCCGGGCACGGCCACCGCCGCCUCCUUGCCUUCCUCCUGCACGCGCGUACUCGACCGCACCACCACCAUUUCGACUUUCUCCAGAUUAUGCGCCAUGUGCUCUUAUCACUUGUAGAGCAGUUUUGGGUUUUUGUCUUUUGACUCCUACAUUUGUAGAGCAAUAUAAUACCAGGUAAAAUAUCCUGCGCUCACUUCGAGACCUUCUCUAGUUGCAGCAAGUCAUGGGGAACAAGCAGGCCAAGCCUUCGCCGCCGUCGCCGCCGCCGUCCAGCGCCCCGCGCAGUGCGCCCGUGUCUGCGCCCACUCUGUCGGCUCCUCCCGCGCCCGUGUCGGCCCCGGCUCCUGCCCCUGCUCCUGUCCCAGCUCCAACUCCGGCCCCCGCGCCUCGCACCGUGUCGGCGCCGCCUCCCGCGCCGCCGACGCACUCGCUGCUGGAGACGAAGCUGGCGGACGUGGACGUGUCCGCCGUGUUCUCGCAGCACGAGAUGCUUUCCAUCCGCAAGCACCUGGCGGCGGUGCUGGGCCAGCACGAGAACGACGCAGUGGUCAUCCCUAAGGACGAGUUCUUCCGCUUCUUGGCGGGCGGCGACGGCAACACCUCCAGCCUCUACGUCAACCGCCUCUACGCAAUCUUCGACAUGGACAAGAAGGGCCACGUGACGUUCGAGGACCUGAUGAAGGGCUUGUCGCUGCUGAGCCAGAAGGCCACGCGCGAGCAGAAGCUCAUGCUGUCCUUCUAUCUGCUGGACCCGGAGGGCACGGGCUUCAUCACCAAGAAAAUGACCACGGAGCUCCUGCGCUCGUGUCUUGCGGAAUGCAGCGAGCUGGAGAUCUCGUUGUCGGAGGAUCAGCUGGUCCAUAUUGUGGAUAACACGUUCCUGGACGCCGACCUGGACCGCAACGGAGUCAUCGAUCUGAACGAGUACCAGGCCCUUGAUGCG